AGAGGCAAUAGAGAGCCGAGAGCCCUCCCCUUCUCCCGCAUCCCGACCUUCUUUCCCUCCUCACCAUCAGCCAGUCCGUCGUUCUCCCUGCUCCCAGCUGAGGCUCAGCAUCCUGAGCAGCCUCCUCCUCCCUCUCACGCACACACUCUCACACACACUCACCUCUCGGUUGCUGCUGCGCACCAGUCAGCACGACCAGCAGCUCGGAGGAGAGAGGAGAAAGAUACACACUCCAAACAAAAAAAAAGAAAGAAAGGGGGAAAGAGAAGACACCCCACAUCAUGAGCAUCAGGAUGAGGACGAGUGCGUGCACACAAACUGUUCGGCGUGUCACGUCCCCGCUGCUUCUCCUCCUCCUCCUCCUCUUGAGCAGCAGCAGCAGCAGCAGCAGCGGCAGCAGCCGUGGGGGGGCCGCCCCUGCCCCGUUCCAGCUGGCCCCGGACACCCCGGCCCCGGCUGAGCCCACCCCGACCCAGUCCACACCUCGCCCGCACCCCUGCGAAGGCCGACCCUGCCUCAACGGGGGCUUCUGCCUGGCACUAUCCUCUGCUCGCAGGCCCGAGGACACCUGGGAGUACACCUGCACGUGCAGCCAGGGAUUCACGGGACGCAACUGUGAGUUUUUCACAGACCCUUGUACCAGCAGCCCUUGUCUCCAUGGAAACUGUAGCCGUAGCGACAGUGGGGAGGAGGGGGGGGAGCCGGCCUACACUUGUGAGUGCGCCGAAGGCUACGAGGGGGAGAGGUGUGAUCAAAUCCUAUUGGACCUGCCGGCCGCCGACUGGGACCCCGCCACCCCCUCCGCUCCUGAACUGGCCACCCCAGCUGCCUCCACCACCGCGGCUGCCACUCAGCCACCGCAGCCAACCGCUGACCUCGCCACCAUAACGCCAGCAACCUCCACCCUGCAGCCAUGGCAACCCAAACCUGGCCAGAGGCUGCUGGUGGUGCCGUGGGAGGCCGACAGGGUGACGGAGAGUCUGCACUGCGUGAGUCCUGAGCUGUGUGAGCUGACAGCAGGAACUUUGACUCUGACUCUGGAGGUGCCUGAGGAGACGGCUGUAAAGGUGGUGGUGAAUGCCAGCGGCGCUCCAGUGCUUUGGCGUUUGAGUGAAGAGGGUUUCCUCCGUUCGUCCAUUUUGAACGGCACUGCCGCGUGGUUCCUGCAGGCCCCUGAUGGACUGGUGGUGCCGGACCACCUGCUGCCCCUGGGACAGAACUACUUUCUCAGUGUGAUGCAUGUGGGCGCCCCCACCGCCCCGGAGGUCACCCUGCGUCUCAACCUGUCGGUGAAGGCCAGCAGCUGCGUGGAGCCCGGCAGCAGCUUCAGUGACCCCCAGUGCUCGGGGAAAGGCAAAUGUAUCACCCAGCCCUCUGAGAGCACCUUCUUCUGCGAGUGUGGGGACGGCUACGCCGGAAUCUUCUGUGAGGAAUUCGACGCCUGCCACCACCGGCCUUGUCGCAACAAUGGCACCUGCGCUGACGUCAGACAGGGGGGUGAAGGACGCAACUUCACAUGCAGCUGCCCUCCAGGUUAUGAAGGGGAGCGCUGCCAGCUGCUGGUUGACCACUGCCUCUCUCAUCCCUGCAAGAACGGAGCCACUUGUUUCAGCAGCCUGGCGGGGCCCAGGUGCUACUGUCCCGAAGGCUACCAGGGUGCUACAUGUGAGCAGAAGGUGGACCCGUGCGCCUCUGGCCCCUGUCACAACAACGGCACAUGCUACGCCCAGGGCCCCGGCCCCCUGGGGUUCGGCUGCAGCUGCACGGCGGGCUUCACCGGCCCUACCUGUGCCCAGCUGGUGGACUUCUGUGCCCUGAACCCCUGCGCCCACGGCGUCUGCCGCAGCGUAGGCAACAGCUACAGGUGUCUGUGUGUCCCAGGCUACCACGGCUUGUACUGUGAGGAGGAGUACAACGAGUGUCUGUCCGCCCCCUGUCAGAACUACGCCACCUGCAGGGAUCUUAUCAACGCCUACGAGUGUGUCUGCACACCACAGUUUGAAGGCAGACACUGUGAAAUCUACAAGGAUCCAUGUCUGAAGGUGCGUUGUCAGAAUGGAGGCCGAUGUGAGAGCGCAGGACUCAACGCUUCCUGCGCCUGCCCUCCCGGAUACCUGGGGGAGAAGUGCGAGGUCGACAUCAACGAGUGCGAGAGCAACCCCUGUCACCAUGGAGGCACCUGCGUUGACCAAUCGAAUGGCUUCACCUGUCACUGUCAACCUGGAUGGGUGGGGCCCUGCUGUGAGAUCCACCUGCAGUGGAAGCCGGCGCACACCGAGGAAACUCUGACCAACAUGCCACGCCACUCGCUCUACAUCAUCAUCGGGGCACUGUGCGUGGCCUUCGUCCUCAUGCUCAUCAUCCUCAUCGUGGGCAUCUGCCGCAUCAGCCGCAUCGAGUACCAGGGCUCGUCACGCCACGCCUACCAGGAGUUCUACAACUGCCGCAGCAUUGACAGCGAGUUCAGCAACGCCAUCGCCUCCAUCCGCCACGCCAGAUUUGGCAAGAAGCCCAGGCCCGCCAUGUACGACGCCACUCCCAUCGCCUACGAGGACUACAGUCCCGACGACAAGCCUCUGGUUACCCUCAUCAAGACGAAGGAUUUGUAAAAACACAACCACCACAAGCUCCACACGUACACCUUGCACAUGUGCAAACACACGCAAUAGAGAAAAUCAGUAUAAAUCUUCAACUAUUUCCUAAGAAAAAAAAACAAACACAAAAAACAAAACUGAAUGUCAAAAAAAAAAAAAUACAAAACAUACUCUGUAGAUUAAAAAGAAACAAAUCUGGAAUUUGAUAUGUCUAUUUUCCUGUCAAAGUCCACGAUUAAGGCUUUAUUGUAGCAUAAUUAUGAGCAUCCUUUACAUUACUUAAGUUAUAAAUCACCUCUGUCUGUAGGUGAGGCUGGAAACACACAGGAGCCCACAUCUUCUUAGUGUAAACUGCGACAGCUCUGACGACAGGUGUCAUAGAAAUAGGUGCACUCCUCGUGGUGCGUUCACUGUAUCUCAAGAACAACUUCUGCAGUAGGUUGCCUUACUUCGUGCAUGGUUAGAUUUGAUGUUCUCUCUGCAUUAUUUUAAAAUCUUUUGUACUUGAUUGUUGGUUGUUAUUUCUUCAUUUUCUUCAUCGCUCUGUAUUUUCUCUCCGUCGAUAUAUUGUGCCAAAUAUUUUCUUUAGGUGGUUUGUGGUCGGUAGAUCAAAUACAUGUAUAAAAUACUAGUCACAAGAGUUUUCUUUUUAAAAUACAUAUUAUCCUCUUCUUUACACGCAAGUUGUACGAAUAGUAAAGAAAGUGGCUUUACAGGACCAGCGUGACCGUAUCAUCCCACUAUGUAUUUCAGUGAUAUCUAGGAUAAUAGGUGGGAAUAUUUUCGCAUUGCACAGAAACAUAGUUGGUUUUACUCAGUCUACCUAUUUAUCCCAGUGUAAAAAAAUCACCUCCAGUAUUGACAGUGUUGAAUAGUUUCUGGAUCAGAGUUUCUUUGCUGGAGAAGAGCGAGGACGAGGAGGAAGAGGAGGAGGAGAAAAGGGGGGGUAAGCUCUACUCCAGAAUAUAUGUGCUUCUUCUGUGUCCUGCCAAUGGAAAACUCUGUCAGUGCAGCUGUGUUGUUCCCCUCAAGGUCAAGCAAUGUUUUACAAAUAAGCUCAGCUACUCCGCUGAUAUUAUUAUUUUUUUCUCUCUCAUUUUAAACACAGCUACCACACGAUUACCUAUAAUCUAUGUUGAAUGAUGUAAACAAUAAAGAUUCAAGUUGAACCCAA